UUUGAUUUUGGCGGCUGCUGUGUCACUCGUUGUAGCGCCGCCCAACAGCUUCAACCCCGGAAGAAAAAUCAAAACAAUUUGUAAACAUAUGGACCGACAGAUUAGCGAGGUGCAUGGUGCCAUUGACAGUGAGCCGGAAACAGGAGUGCAGGCGUGUAAAGGCUGCUGGACUCUUCUGACUGAUGGGUGUGGACAAACACAUUUCCUAUCCGUCUGAAUGUGUGUCUGUAGGAGAACCAAACCUCCAGCUGCGGCCGGGACUUCAAGACCGUUAAGAUGGACCUGUCUGACCAGAAGCACUUCACGGCUGUAGACUAUGUGAUAUUUGUGCUCUUGCUUGCUGCCUCUGUGGGCAUCGGGCUGUACUAUGCUCUUUCGGGUGGCCGUCAGCGCACUACACAGGAGUUUUUGAUGGCAGACAGGAACAUGCACUGUCUUCCAGUUUCGUUGUCGCUCAUCGCCUCAUUCCAGUCUGCUGUGGCAAUUAUAGGUGUACCGGCAGAAAUCUACACUCACGGUACUCAGUACUGGUUCAUCGGCUGUGCAUACAUUCUGGGCCUCAUCAUUCCUGCUCAUGUUUUCAUUCCGGUGCUGUACAGACUGCGGCUCUCCAGCGCAUACCAGUAUCUUGAACUGCGCUUCAACAAAGCAGUGCGUAUCUGUGGAACUUUGACCUUCAUCUUUCAGACGGUUAUCUAUAUGGGACUGUGUGUGUAUACUCCCGCCUUUGCACUGAACACAGUUACUGGAUUUGAAUUAUGGGGAGCAGUGAUGGCCACUGGACUAGUGUGCACAAUGUACACAACACUGGGUGGUUUAAAGGCUGUCAUCUGGACAGACGUCUUUCAGACUGUUGUGAUGUUUGCUGGGCAGCUGGCUGUCAUCGUGGUGGGAGUGCAGCAGACUGGAGGAGUGUCUGAAGUCUGGAGGAAAGUCUAUGAAGGAAACCACAUCUCUGCUCUCGAUCUAAACCCUGAUCCUACAGAGAGACAUACCUUUUGGACUCUGGGAGUUGGCGGCGUCUUCCUCAUGCUGUCCCUGUAUGGAGUGAACCAGGCUCAGGUCCAAAGAUAUCUCAGCUCGCGCACAGAGAAAGAGGCUGUCAGGUCUUGCUACAUGGUGUUUCCCUCCCUGCAAUUGGCCCUGGCUCUAAGCUGUGUGAUGGGACUGGUCAUGUUUGCACGUUACUGUGGAGAGGAUCACUCUGUCAAGCUGGGCACCACUUCAAGGGAUGCGAUGGUGAUAUACUUUGUGAUGGAUAUGCUGCAAGGUCUGCCUGGACUGCCUGGACUGUUUGUUGCAUGUUUGUUCAGUGCAGCUCUCAGCACCAUCUCUUCUGCUUUUAACUCUCUGGCCACUGUGACAAUGGAGGACCUCAUCAAACCACAUUUCCCCACCAUGACGGAGUCAAGAGCAACACUGCUGUCCAAAGCCUUAGCUACGUUAUAUGGGCUGCUGUGUAUGGCCAUGGCCUAUCUCACUCACCUAAUGGGUGAUUCAGUCCUACAGCUGGCUUUGAAAAUCUUCGGGAUGGUUGGCGGUCCUAUUCUUGGUCUGUUUUGUCUCGGGAUGUUCUUUCCGUGGGCUAACUCCACUGGAGCAUUGGCUGGUCUGGGGACGGGUCUGGCUUCGGCGUUCUGGGUCGGCAUUGGGAGCAUCGUCACUCAUAGCUCCAGCGCAAGACCACUGCCACCCAACUGCAGAGCCAUCGUGUUGUCAGACAACACGACUGCUGCCAUUCAGACUGCACUCAGCAACAUCACUCUGAGCCGACCGUCUGGUCUGAAGAGAUUUUAUUCAUUGUCCUACAUGUGGUACAGUGCGUUCACCUGCUUCACAGUCAUUCUAACAGGCCUGAUCAUCAGCUUUCUCACAGGCCCUAUGAAAGAAGAAGAUGUGACACCAGGAACAGUCUAUCCCUUAUUUGGGAAACUGCUUUGUUUUCUGCCUGAACACCUCAAAAAGAAGCUCUGCUGUGUGACUCCUCUGGGACAGACUCUCUCAGCACAACAAAGGCAGCCUCCACAACAUAAAGAAAGCAAUGGGUUGGCCUUCCCACAGGAGGAUGGACCAUCCCAGGAAGAGAUUUUCCUUGAGGCUCACAGACCUUUUAUGGAGUGUGAAACAACUGUGUGAUCUAACAGUUUCAUGUCUGACUGGAAAACGGUUAAGAAGUAUUUUCACAAAUAAUUUGGACGAGUUUAAUUUUUAUUUUGUUGCCCUUGCUUUGCGAUGAAAUACAUAAUUUUUUUGCACUGUAAAAAUGCUGCAGCAAGGUCAGAGCUAAACAAUGUUCAGUCAGCACGUAUUUCUUUUAAAUCUACUGAUGUCUUCAUGUCUUCAAACAAAAGGCUUACGUGUAGCUGAGCCUGUUACAGUUUAACAGAUAUGUUAAAAAUCUGCACUAUCCUGUUUUAUGAGAAUUAUUGGAUGUCCUGUAAACUUUAAACAGCUAUAAAUGUUUAUGUUUAUGCAUAUACAUUUAUAUACUUUAAUAUGUAAAUGUAUGUAAAAAGGUACACUUGACUUUUGUUUAGCACUGCAGUUAUGAAUGGUCCUGUGUCAUGCGCUGGUGAUAUGCUAGUACCUCACUUUUUAAGAAUGUAUGAGUGAAUUUUGACUGUAUUGCAGCCGAAACAGAAAAAGAUUUUUCUAAAAAGGAUUAAAGAUUUUGUAGUUA